CGAUAUAUCCACUAGUCCAAGUAGACAAUAAUCCAAUCCUCGAUUUGCUUACGAACCCUUCAAGAAACUUCCAAGUCCUCUCUCACAAGCAACAAACAACUCCAACUUUUCUUUUAUAUAUCAAAUAAUCCUCACGAAGACAGAACACUAAGCAAAGAAGAAUUGUUUUGAAAAUGGAGCGACAAAAAAGCAUGGAGAAAGGGUUACUGAAGAAGAGCUUAAGCAUACGAGAACGAGAGCCCAAGUUCCCUAACGAAGACGUUUUCUUAGAAACAGGAUUAUCGAGGAAAUCCACGAGAGAGGUUACCAAGAACACUCAAGACAACGAUGGUGAAUGUCGUGUUACCGCCUCUGUUUUCCUCAGCACCUUUGUUGCCGUCUCUGGCUCCUUCUGCUCCGGCUGUGGUGCCGGUUUUUCAUCUGGUGCGCAAUCAGGGAUUACAAAAGAUUUAUCUCUCUCAGUUGCUGAGUACUCAAUGUUCGGAUCGAUUUUGACAUUUGGAGGUUUGAUUGGUGCAAUAUUCAGCGGUAAAGUCGCUGAUGUCCUGGGAAGAAAGCGGAUGAUGUUGUUUUGCGAAGCCUUCUGCGUUACAGGCUGGCUCGUGAUAGCAUUGGCUAAGGACGCAUUGUGGCUGGACUGUGGAAGAUUGUUACUAGGAAUCGGAGUUGGUUUAUUUAGCUACGUGAUUCCAGUCUAUAUAGCCGAAAUUGCACCAAAACAUGUCCGUGGUUCGUUUGUGUUCGCCAAUCAACUGAUGCAAAAUUGCGGCAUUGCGCUCUUCUUCAUCAUUGGCAAUCUCGUUCCAUGGCGAUUAUUAGCAAUAGUCGGGUUUGUGCCAUGUGUGCUCCACGUUUUUUGCUUAUUUUUCAUUCCUGAGUCUCCCAGAUGGCUAGCGAAAAAAGGUCGGGAUGAAGAUUGCCGAUCUGCUUUGCAACGUCUUAGAGGACCUGACGUCGACAUUUCUUGUGAAGCAAACACUAUCAGAGAUACCUUAGAAAUGUCUGAAAUUGAUGGUGGAAGUAGAAUGGCUGAAUUGUUUCAGAGACGAUAUGCAUAUCCAUUACUUAUUGGAGUUGGCUUAAUGUUUUUGCAACAACUGAGCGGGAGCUCCGGCGUUACCUAUUAUGCCAGUAGUCUCUUCCAAAAAGGAGGAUUUCCAAGUGCCAUUGGCACAUCUGUAAUAGCCACAAUAAUGGUUCCGAAAGCAAUGCUGGGAACCAUUAUAGUUGAUAAGCUGGGGAGGAGAACGCUCCUAAUGACUUCGUGUGCUGCGAUGGGCUUAAGUGCUUUGCUCUUAAGUGUUUCCUAUGGUCUCCAGUCAUUUGGAAUUCUCCCAUAUCUCACUCCAAUCUUCACUUGCAUCGGCGUAUUGGGUCACAUUGUGACAUUUGCGAUGGGAAUGGGAGGACUGCCAUGGAUUAUAAUGGCUGAGGUAACAGGCUCCACUCCAUUCAUCUUCAACACCAUGUCUAUGCUUUGCUUCAACCCAGAAACACUAUCCUUCAGCCCAGUCACAACAUCCUCCACAGUGGUCAAUCGUCCAUCAACUCCAACAUUUCUACGUAGAGAAGCUGCAGGAGACUCCUUGGGUUCGGUAUCAACAUUAGUUGCCAUCUACGUAGAGAAACAGAGAAACGUUUUGUUUUCAAAUCUCAAAGUAAGUGGACAUGUAUCUCAGACCAAAACAAAUGUACCAAAGCAACAAUCACCCUUGUACUUAGAGCUACUAGAACCUAAAACACUUAACUCACCAUAAACAUCUAUUACGUCUCUCUGGUGCACCCAUCACUACCGCCAAUCUAGGAAGUGGAUGUCGAGAAGCAGAGGAAAUAGUCCCGGAUGAAGAAGCGCCUUGGAUAUUCAUCUGCAAAUCAACAAGAGAUAUUAUAAAGUCAGGUAACGGAACUUUAUAAGACAAAAUCAAAGAACAAACUUGAAAAACCAGGCCCGUGAAGACUAAGAACGAAACUCAGAAAUUGCUAUCUAUGGCGAUUAAAGGAAAUCAAAAGUGCGAAAGUGUACCUUAAACAGAAGAUGAGAGAUUUCGGAACGAGGGAGUUAGAGGAAGAAAGAAGAUUCGACUGAAUAAGAAGAGGAAACGGAGAUUGAAGAACAGAGAAGAUGGAACGAUGAAGGAAGAGAAGAUGGAUUGAGAGAGGAGGUGCCGACAGAGAGGAGGCGGAGUAAAAUAAAUUAGGUUUAGUAUUAUUUUUAGUUGAAAACACUUGGCUGUGAGUUAAAUAAACCAUGCUCUAAUUAGUACAGCCGGGAAACACUUAAAAAUUACCCGGGAAUCAAAAAAUUUGGAAUUUACUUUUUAUAUUGUCUGGAAAAAUUCCCCCGCCUUAACUUUUCAUGGUUAGUUUCUAUUUUUUUAAGAUAAACACAAACUAAAUGUAGCUUUUGUAGCUAAACUGAUAUAUUAAAAAUUAGAUGAUAAAACUAUAAAAUUAAAUAGGCUAAAAAUAAAAUAUUAUUUAUUACAAAUAUUUAAAGUUAAUGUUUAUGAUAUAUAGUUUGGAGUUUGAAUUUGGGGUUUGAGGUUUAGAUAAAGUUUGGCCAAAGUUCUAAGAUUUGGGGUUUGGGAAUAUAGUUUGGAUUUGAAGUUUAGAUUUAUGAAUUCAAGCUGAGUACAUAUGAUAUUUAAAUUUUAUAAUUUAGUAUAUAGAGUUUAGGAUUUGAAAUGUAGUGUUUGGAUUUAGUUUUAAGAUUUGGGGUUUGGGAAGGGUGUACAUUUUAGAUAUAGGGUUUGGAAUUUAGAUUGUAUAUUCAGGGUCUAUAAAUAUAGUAUUUGGAUUUAGUUUUGAUUUUUCAUUUAGUGUUUUGUGUAAUUAUAACUUAAAAUAAAACAUUUAAUCAAUCAUUUAGAAAACAUGUUUAAAUAUAACUUAGGAACGCUCGUUGAAAAAAUAAUGGAUCUAUCUUUAUAGUGUUUUGGUGAUUCUACCCCCAAGUAUAUUUAAUAUCGUUAAUAUGAGGUUAAAAUGUUGAACUUAUACAGUGGCAUAAAGUUACUCUUUGAACCUCUAUUUUUCGAUUAAGAACACCUAUUACAACAGUCAUAAUGUUGAUUGUUGGCUAUCUAUAAAUUUAUUUUUAUGUCUCUUGUUUUCCGAUCCUGUUUUUGUUUUGCUAAACAAAAGAAAAGUUCCGAUCCUGUUUUUAAAAAAAAAAUCCGAUCAAACCAGGUGAAUUCAAAAUUGGAUCCUCCUAUAACCUUAAAAGUUUAAGACCAAAUAGUUUGUCUAAAACUAAAUUAAAUAACAUAAUGAAUAUAUAAUGUAACUAAACAAAAUCAUAGAUAGUUAAUGUUAAUAAAUACCAUAGUAAUGUAUAAUGCAUGUGUAGCAGUGUUUUGAAAAUCGGAUCGGACCGGCCGGUCGAACCGGUUCGACCGUGACUCGCUGAAGAAGCCGAGUUCGGUUCGGUUUAAAAUCCGGAUUUGAACAAAACCAGUAAAACCGGCUGAAACCCGGUAAAACCGGUGACCCAGUUCUUAAAAAUUAACAUAUAAUCAAGUGUUUUUAAUUAUUAUUAAUUAAAAUUUAAUUUUUAUAAUUACUGUUCAACUAUCACUAUUUAAUUUUUUUUUUAUUUUUCUAAGAAAAAAUGUGAAAAAUAUAUUUUUGACUCUCAUAUACUAUUUUUAUUUUACCAUAUUCUUAAAAUUUGAAAUGUUAGUUGUAAAAAUAAAUAAAUAUGAUUGUUUUAGCUGUAAAUCAUUUGUUUUUUUUUAAUUUUUAGUUUACAUAGUAAUCAGAUUUAUGUUUGUUUUUUAUUUUGAGUUAAUAAAAAAGAAUAGGGAAAAUAUUAUAUGUAGAAGUAAAGUUUAUAUAGUAUAAAUAUAUAAUUAUAUACAUUUUUAUAUAAAUUAAAAACCCGGUUCGACCGGUUGAACCGGUCUAACCAGUCAACCAGUAGCUUCACCGAGUCGGUGUCCGGUCCGGUUUUCAAAACAUUGAUGUGUAGUAUAUCUCGACAUUAUGAAACUUGAUUCGAUUAUAAUACUAUAUUAUAUAUAUAUAUAUAUAUUAUAACAUUCCAUACAACACUGUAAACGUUAUAAAAAAUUGGUAUUACAUAUAUAUUAUAACUUUUUAAAAAUGAUAUGUUCAUUUAUAUGUUACACUCUUUGCUACACGUAGCCACAAUUUUUUUUGUAGCCAUGUCUUUUAAGUGGCCACAAAUAACCAUAACUAAGUUCGUAACAGGUAUUUUUAAAAAAUUGUAAUUAAUUUAAAUAUUUUUAAUUUUUAUUUCCCCAAAUAGCUACGGACGCUGUUGUGGCUUUAUUAGCUACAAAUUAUAUCGUGGAAAAACGUGGGUAUCUAUUUCCACAAUUUAUAUUGUAGCUAAUUGUGGUUUUGUGUCUUCGAAUAGCUGCAAAUCAUAUUUUGUAGCUAAAUAGCAACGAAAAGCUACAUAAUAGCUGCGAAAAUUUGUUGUAGCUAUUUUACGGAUAUUUUGUGGCUAUAUUUCUCUCGCCGCAAAAUGUUUGUGGCUGAGCCGUGGCUAUAAACAAGUUUUCUUGUAGUGUUAAUUAGCUUGAAUCCGGAGAAUGUGUGUUGGGAGGGAGUUGGUUGUGUGAAUCUAAUAAAAAUUAUUGCGC